AUGCUCCGUCGUCGACGCUCGGCGAAUGGCGCCCUCAACGGAGGUGCGUCGUCCGCAAACCCCUCAAAUAAUUCACCUUCGGAAAACAUUACUCCGCCUUCAGGUGCCCAACCAGCCCGACCCUCCGCCCAGGGCGUAACAUCAUCGAAUACUUUGAAUGCGCGCACGCAUCGUAUUCGACUCGUCCCUCACCUCGAUUCCUCUCGCUCGCUGCAUUUUGAGCCGAUCUCACGCGAUGUCCGCGAGGGAGAUGCUGCCCUUCGGAUUGGUCGGUUCACAGAUAGGUCCGGCAUGGGGGUGGCUGCGCUCAACGCGCAAAACACUAAUAAAUUAGCAUUCAAAAGCAAAGUCGUCAGUCGUGCGCACGCCGAGGUUUGGUGUGAGUCCGGUGGAAAAUUUUUCAUCAAAGAUACCAAAUCAUCGUCGGGCACAUUCCUCAACCAUAUUAGGCUUUCUGCCCCGAACACCGACUCCCGACCGUUUCCCAUCAAGGACGGUGAUGUCCUUCAAUUGGGAGUGGAUUACCAGGGUGGGACAGAGGAAAUUUACAAGUGUGUGAAAAUGCGAAUUGAACUAGGACGCGAAUGGCAGACCCAGGCGAAUGCAUUCAACACCAAUGCUUUGAAACAAUUAAAGGCGCUUUCCACCCAGCCUGCGGCGGAUAAGCAGGCGGGGAAGCCUUAUGUUGCCAAAUCGGGCAUUUCAGACUGUUGUAUUUGCCUCUUCUCUGUCACGGUUCACCAGUCCCUCUUCAUCGCACCCUGCUCACACGUGUUCCAUUAUAAAUGCAUCCGGCCCAUGCUGCUCAUGCACCAUCCCGGCUUCUCGUGCCCCCUGUGCCGGACGUUUGCGAACCUUGAUGAAGACGUAGAG